AUGAAGCUCAAGCGCGCAAAGGCAUACAAGAAGCUGCUCCACCAGUACGAGCUCAACUUCGGCUUUCGCGAGCCCUACCAGGUCCUACUCGACUCGUCGAUCCUACAAGAUGCCUACAAGUUCAAGAUCGACCUCGUCGGCCGUCUGGAAAAGGUCCUCGGCGCAAAAGUAAAGCCUAUGAUCACGCAAUGCGACAUGCGCCACCUUUACGAUGCGAAGCCGAAAAACGAGACACUCAUUUUGCAAGCCAAGGAGUACGAACGGAGAAGAUGUGGACAUCAUGAGCUGGAGGAGCCGCUGAGUACGCUGGAGUGUCUCAGCAGUGUGGUUGAUCCCAAGGGAAGCGGGAGCAACAAGCAUCGUUAUGUCGUCGCAACCAAUGAGAAGGAAGUGCGGUCGAAGAUGCGCAAAAUCCCGGGUGUACCGUUAAUAUACAUCAGCAAAAGCGUGGUGCUUAUGGAACCUAUGACAAGCGCAACUGAGGAGCACAGGGAGAGGGAAGAGAAGAGCAAGUUCAAGAUGGGCUUGAAAGGGCAAAGGAAGCCGGAUGCAGGGGAGAAGAGAAAGAGAGAGGAGGACGACGAGAAGGACGAUAAGUCUAUUGCUGCCGAGGCCAAGAAGAGGAGGCAGAAGGGUCCUAAGCAGCCCAACCCGCUCAGCAUGAAGAAGAAGAAGGACACAACCAAGCCGCAGCCCGGCUCGGAAAAGAAGGCAAAGCCUGUUGAGCAGGAAUCUCAGCCACCCGCCACAGAUGCGCAAGACGAUGAGGCUGCUGCGCCAAAGAAGCGCAGACGCAAGCAUAAAUCGAAGGCCGACGGUGGGGCCGAUGGUGGAGCCGAGGGCGGUGGAGUCGCUCUGGAGGCAGGUGAUGCUACUUCACCAUGA